AUGGCUAACGAUUUUAAUUGUUUCAUAGAGGAGGUUAAUCUACAGGAGUAUACUAUGCGUGGGAAUAAGUUCACAUUCUUGGCAGGCACGGGGAAUGAUUGUAAAAUGAGCAAGAUUGAUCAUGUUCUUGUAUGUCAAGAGUUUUUUAAUAGGUGGCCUGGGGCGUGUUUGAGGGCUCUUUCUCGUGAAUUGUCUGAUCAUUGUCCUUUGGUUCUCUCGGUGUAUGAUUCUAACUUUGGAGCGAAACCAUUCAAAUGGUUCAACUCUUGGCUAGAUAAGGAUAGUUGUGAGCAGGUUGUUGUUGAAGCGUUACAUGGUUUUUCUGGUUCUGGGCCGGCGGAUGUGAGGUUACACAAGAAGUUAGGUGCGGUUAGAAAUGGGUUAAGAAAGUGGUGGAAAGAGAUUUCUAAAAAAGAAGAGGAUGCUUUGAUCUUGUGGAGACUCGAGAUUUCUAGAAAUGGGGCUAGAGCGUCUUAUGGAGACUCGGGAUUUAGAAGAGGAAGAAGUUUGGUUUUGGAGGAGAGCAAAAAGGAAUUAGAGAAGAAUUUGUAUCUUAAAAAUCGUGAUCUUCAUCAGAAAUCUAGAGUCAAGUGGGCGUCUUUGGGGGAUGAGAAUUCGGGUUUUUUUCAUCGGUGUAUUAAAGGUAGGAGGGCGGCUAAUGCCAUCCCGGGGUUGUUAGUGGAUGGGUCUUGGGUUUCUAAACCGGCGUUGGUUUCGGAAGAGAGUAUUGGAAAUCUGAUAGCUCCGUUCUCUAAGGAAGAAGUCAAGGCUGUAACAUCCGUCAAAAUCGACCCGUUUCAGAAAUCCGACCCGUUUUUAAAAUCUGGAUACUAA